AUGGACAACCCCGCUCUGGCGGUGCCAGCAUCGCAACGUCUGGAAAGCCAGCCUCCCGUGGACGACAAGGUGAGCAGCCCAGACAAACACUCCGAGUCAUCGCACUCUGCGCAUGGGCAAAAACUGGAUACCGAGCGUCAACAAUAUGUCUCCAAGAACGACAAAGGUUGGCGACGGAUCGUGCGCAACUUCUCGCCCUCGUGGUUCAGCGUGACGAUGGGGACGGGAGUGUGUGCCAAUAUCCUCAUCACCAUCCCAUGGAAGGCGGAUUGGCUCUACUAUCUCAGCAUCAUUUUCUUCGUUUUGAAUAUUGCCCUCUUCAGCGCCGCCUUCUUCAUCUCUGUCCUUCGAUACUCAAUCUGGCCUGAAAUAUGGACUGUCAUGAUCCAAGACCCAAACAACAGCCUCUUCCUCAGCACCAUCCCUAUGGGCUUCGCUACCCUCGUCGUUAUGAUCGUCAACGUUUGUGUGCCCGCCUGGGGAGAGUGGGCAGCGUACCUGGCAUGGGCCUUGUGGAUCUUGGAUGCGACCGUGGCCGUGGCUGUGACGGUCAGUCUCGGCAUCCUCCUCAUGUCCGCAAAGAAUCAACGGUCACUGGACACCAUCACCGCGGCACAACUUCUCCCUAUCGCGGCCACCAUUGUGGCAGUCUCUACCGGCGCGAAAGUCGCAGAUGCCCUGCCCAAUCCUCAGCAGGCUCUCGCCACCCUCAUCGUGUGCUACGUCCUCUGGGGAAUGAGUGUACCUCUGGCCUUCACCGUCCUCGUCAUCUAUUACCAACGACUUGCAUUGCACAAGAUUCCCGCACGAGAAGUCAUCGUGAGCUGUUUCCUACCGCUUGGACCAUUGGGAUACGGAGGCUACGCCGUCCUCUAUCUGGGCCGUGUCGCCGCGAAGACCUUUCCAAAGACCGGCUCAAUAGAUCCAACAGCAGGUCAAUUCGCAUAUGCUGCUGGCUUCUUUGUUGCGCUCAUCAUGUGGGGCUGGGGCCUCAUCUGGUUCACCUUCGCGCUCGCAUCAAUCUACAAGGCACGCCCCUUCCCCUUCAAUAUGGGAUGGUGGGGAUUCACCUUUCCCCUUGGUGUCUACAGCAUUUCGACGAUUUACAUCGGCAUCGAGCUGCCCUCGCUCUUCUUUCGCGUGUUAGGAACCAUCUUCGGCACGGCGGUGAUACUGCUUUGGAUCAUGCUCGCGAUCCGCACGGGGAUAGGAGCCUGGGAAGGGCAUCUGUUCAAUGCGCCCUGUUUAGCGAACCUCAAAGUGGAGGAUCAGUCCGCGAAUGGUACCUCCGACAGGAAAAGCCGAAGCGAUUGA